GCCCCGGGGAGGGGGUUUCGCUCCCGGGUGCUGCCGGCCAAAGCGGGACGGGCCCGCCCGCGGCAGCGCCCCUCGCCUCACGCCGCGCCCGGCGGCCUCCGAAGGCUGAGGGGCUGGCGGCCUUCGCUCCCGCCCCGGUGCGGGCCGCCCGGGGGCUGCGGGAGGAGGGUCCCUCCCUCCCUUCUCCUCCGGGGCUCCGUGUGUGUGUGUGUGUGUGUGUGUGUCCCCGUUUAGUGCGGGGGCUGGGGGGUGCGCAGGGUAUGGCGUCCCCUUGUGAGGGCAAACCUGAGGGCAGGCAGUGGGUGCAGCCGGGCUGGGAUGCCGGCUCAGGAGACUCUUGUUUUUCCUCCCUUUUGGUUUUUUGGGGGUUUGUUUUUUUUGUUGUUGUUGUUGUUGUUCCGUGCCCUGUCAGGAGCAAGGCCCAGCUGAGGCGGUGAUCGGCAGCACCCGGAGAGGAGAGGAGAGGAGGUGAGGCCUGCCCGGGGCAGGGGCGCAGGGCGGUGGGCCCCAGCGGCACCUGCUGCAGCCAGGGCCACCGCGGUGCCCGCCGAGGAGCCAGCACCCCAGAGGCGGGCGCUGCCACCCGGAGAAGGGGAGCGGAGGGAAGGAAGGUGGUGAGGGCACCGACCGGCUCUAACGCACGGCACAGCAUCACAGGGAAUGCUUACGCAGCCUUUUGGUACGCACAGGCGUGCUGUUGUACAACGCUGCUGUCGUACAGCUGUGUGCAGUUGUACGCAGAGUUGCUUUUGUCCAAAGGUACGAAAGGAAACAAGGCACAUGAAAGGAAGGAAGCGGCGUCAGCGCUCUGCAGACAGGAGACCGCUGGGGAAAGGGGACCUGCGGCUUCCGCGAUGCUGCGCCGGAGACGAAGCAGCGUUUAAGCCCUGUCCCUGAUAUUUUGGGACCCUCCCCUGACAUGGCUGUCCUUUGCAAGUUGAUACUUGGAUGAGAUCCUAGUUGUUAUCAUGAAAGGAAAAACUGCACGCUGUGAUUGGAAAUCUGCACCCCAAAAGAAGCCCUCUCCCUGCGAUCGAUAUAAACACGCUUGCAUUAUUUGCAGAGGAUUUGUUUAUCUCUAUGGAGGGCGGAACACCACCAGUCUUAGGGAUUUUUGGCGAUACAGCAUAGUGAAAAAUGAAUGGGAAAUGCUGGAUUGCUCAAGAGGUGGUCCAGAAGAACUGGAAGAACAUUCAAUGGUGGCUUAUAAGGGCACCCUGUAUAUUUUUGGUGGGAUGGUGGAUUCUGCUUUCACGCAAGCAAAAUCUCCUCUCUGGAUAUAUGACAUUGAUUCUGCAAGAUGGACAGAGUGCCGUAACGUACCAGCAGAGACUGAGAGCUCAGCACCAACUAACAGAAAAGGUCACAGUGCAGUAGUGUACCAUUCCAGCAUGUACAUCUACGGGGGAUACUUCGGCAUCAGAGGCGUUUCACGGGAGUUUUGGACUUUCCAUUUUGAUACAAGAAAAUGGUUGUGUGUUACCACCCCAUCUCACAAUACUGGCCCAGGACCCCGGCACGGCCAUUCAGCAGUGGUUUAUCAUACAGGCAUGUACCUCUUUGGAGGACUGAUGGGGCUGAGUGAACAGAAGGACUUAUGGAAGUGGGAUUUUGUAAGCAGCAGCUGGUCCAACAUCAGAACAAGCCAAGGACCUCCUCCAGUGGUAGGUCAUGCUUCAAUAGUCUUCAAAGACUCUAUGCUGAUUUUUGGUGGAGGGAUUUCAAAUUCCAGUCCUAAUGACGACCUCUGGAAGUAUCAUUUCCAUACGCAGACAUGGAAGAAGCUUAGUAGUACUACAAAGGCAAACUUUUCUCCUAAAAUGUAUCACUGCAUCUUAGGAAUUGGUGUUGAUUUCCAAACUACCUCAGAUUUCACUAACACAUUCCCCAGCCACUGGAAGAGUAAGCAGAAAGACCAUCACCAGCUGGUGACCAUCCCGAAGCACACUCACUUUUGUAGCUACUUCCGUCAACAGCCUGCGUACCGAGCGUUCAGCAACGAGGAAAGCAAUGCAAUUGAAAUGAAAACCUUCAGCUUGCCUCUGGAGCCAGGGGGCUUUUGUGCAUUUCAGACCACUUCAGAGGCAGAACUAGACUCAAACAGAGCAACGAACAUUUUGUCAAAGGACAAGACUCUCCGUCUGUUUGUCUCUUCAGAAAAAGAGACUUUUGCUGCUGCUCAGAUUGAGGGAGAAGAGGAGGGAACUGCCUGUCAGCACGCGACUGCGGUAGGUGAAGUUAGCAGCGAUACCAAUGUGCUGCUGCUCAUUGGGGGUAAACCUUUGUCCAGCUUCUCCGAGAUCUCAUUCUGGCAAAUGGAGUUUGAUAGCUUGUGAUCACUUCGAUUGCAAAGCGAAAGAAUAAAUUUCCACCAACGUGCCAGUAGGUGGUAAACCAACUGCUUGCAACCGUCUUCAGUUUCCUGUCAGCGCACUGGGGAAAAAAAAAUUAAACCUUCUUGUACUUGCUGUGAACAGAUUUUUCUACAAUGUGACCAAAACCUGACAUAUAUUUAAGUCACAACUUGCAUGUAAGUUGCAAUUUCCGAGAGGAGCUUGUUGGAAUGCUGCUCUUUUUGUUAGUUUUUCUUCUGGUCAGUCAAUAUCCUUUCAAAUGGCAGUGGCUGACGCUGCCUUGAAAGUCUGAACUACAGGUAACCCCUACUGGCUCCGUAACUGCCGCUUCAGGUGCAAAGCUUGCCCAUUUUGCGCUGGGAUAAGAAAUAAAUACGCACCCAUAAAACUGCAUUUGAAUCAAGUUUGCGCACGUUAACGGUCACAUUCGAGGGAUUUGAUGAAUCUUAAUGGCAACAUUUUCUAUGAUUGUUAAGAUUUUAUUUUCCUGAAAGAGUGUUUGCAACGUGAGAUGGCCUCUAACAAAGAAGAAACCCAACAGACAAAUUAGCAAGUGAAAUCUGUAAGAUUCAAAGAUUGCAUCUAACCCUGAGGAAGUGAAACCACGAGUCCCUCCUGAAAAUCGUGUGCAACAUUAGACCAGAGGAAGUGCAUUACACCUGGAAGAACAAAAUAGUUGCCCAGUAAAUGCUAGGUUUAAUGACUGAGCACAGGAUCAAAAGGAUUUGACUUUCUGUUGGAAAAAGAAAGAGGAAGGCUUGACAGGAGCGGCACAAAACAUAAGCUGACUGGUAACUCAGAUUUUAGUCACAAAGGGAUUUCUGCUUUUCCAACUCCAUCUCUCUGUUUUGUCAACACAUGUAGUAUAUUUUACACACUUCCCCUCUAUACUAGUAAGUCCUGAGUUCAUCCAUGGUUUUUCUUUGUUGAAAAGAAAAAGUGCUGGUUUUGAAAGAUAGUAUUGUCCAGUGUUUCAAGCAUUUAUUUCCACAGAAGUUACUAAGAUACUGGCCUUCUGACUGAAAUUCAGCCAUCUGUAGGAAGAGAUGCCAAUGUUUGAAAUUACUGGAAAGUGUCAUUUAAUACUUCUGAAUAUUUGAAAAGAUCACUUUUCAAAAGUUUCAUAGGCAUAAUGAAUUUUAAGUGAGAGUAUUUACUGAUACUUUCGUCAUCUCUUCACAAGUAGCUGUAACAUGAAUUCAACACGAAAAUUAUAGAUGAGUUUGCAAAAAGCUACUUAAGAGUUAUUUGGACUUUCCGUGACCUUUGUUUGGAAACAGAGAGGAUUGUAUGCUGCCGUAUGAAUAAAGACUGCUGCAUUUCGUA